ACGUCAUUGGUCGGCGCCGGGAAACUUGCCAUUCUUCGCUGCUGAUCGCGGGAUUCUUUUUGGAUAGGUUUGACGUUCGUGGAUAGACUUGUAUCUGUGACCAGUGUCCGCCACCGCGGAUGGCAAGAGACCUGAUCGGACCGGCCCUGCCGCCCGGCUUCAAGGCCCGCGGAACAGCAGAGGACGAAGAGCGGGACCCGAGCCCUGUUGCAGGACCAGCUCUGCCCCCUAAUUAUAAAAGCAGUAAUUCAGAUUCAUCAGACAGUGAUGAAGACAGUAGUUCUUUGUACGAAGAAGGAAAUCAAGAAUCUGAAGAAGAUGACAUUGGUCCAACUGCAAGAAAACAGAGGAAAAAUCAGGAUGAUGACAAUGAUGAUGAUGAUGAUGGGUUUUUUGGACCAGCCCUUCCUCCUGGAUUUAAAAAGCAGGAUGAUUCUCCUCCAAGGCCCAUAAUAGGUCCUGCAUUGCCACCUGGUUUCAUUAAAUCUACACAGAAAAGUGACAAGGGCAGAGAUGAUCCAGGACAACAGGAAACGGACAGCAGUGAAGAUGAGGAUAUUAUUGGACCAAUGCCUGCAAAAGGACCAGUUAACUAUAAUGUAACGACAGAGUUUGAAAAAAGGGCCCAGAGAAUGAAAGAAAAACUGACCAAAGGAGAUGAUGAUUCAUCUAAACCCAUUGUAAGAGAGUCAUGGAUGACUGAACUUCCUCCAGAAAUGAAAGACUUUGGUCUUGGGCCAAGGACUUUUAAGAGAAGAGCUGAUGACACAUCUGGAGAUCGAUCAAUCUGGACAGAUACUCCAGCUGAUAGGGAAAGGAAAGCUAAGGAAACACAAGAAGCAAGGAAGUCAUCCAGUAAGAAAGAUGAAGAACAUAUAUUAUCAGGAAGAGAUAAGAGACUGGCUGAGCAGGUAUCUUCAUACAAUGAAUCAAAAAGAUCAGAAUCUCUUAUGGACAUACAUCAUAAAAAGUUAAAGAGUAAGGCUGCUGAAGACAAAAAUAAGCCUCAAGAGAGAAUACCAUUUGACCGUGAUAAAGAUCUCAAGGUUAAUCGGUUUGAUGAAGCUCAGAAAAAAGCCCUAAUAAAAAAAUCUAGAGAACUAAACACGAGAUUUUCACAUGGCAAAGGCAAUAUGUUUUUAUAAGGGGAUUUCCCUGUGAAAUGAAGAAAAGUUGAAGAAUACUCUUUGUCCAUCUUUAUUUCUUUGUUUUUGGCUUCUUAAGAUUAGAGAUUACUUUAAUCUUAAAAAACAUACAAAUUUACCUUGUUCUGUGUGUCCUUUUAAGGUCAUGUGGAAACAUAAAACGAAUGUUUUUUAUGUAGAACAGAAUAUUCUGUGUGCCUUUAGCUUCUGUGGAAGUAUGGGGAAUUAUGGGCUUUUCUUCAAAUAAUUAUUUUAAGAGGCUUCCAUUCCCCCUGAUUUUUGUGGUGUCUCACAAGUACCCUCUAAGGUCUGGUCAGGACUGACCACCAAAUCUCUACCACAGCCUGGACCUCCUCGUGAAAUAUACCUAACCUGCCCUAGAGUCAGUGUGUCAAGUCCUUCCUGUAAAUCCAUGACUUUGAAAUUUGUUGUUUUUUCCCUUUAAACUGCAGCCAGUGAAUACAAAUUUACUUGAAAAUAGAGGUAUGGGGUUUUGCCUGUUUUGUAAUCAGUUUGCUUGUUUUAGCACUCAGGACUUUUUAUUUGUUAUUUAAUUUUUUUAAUUGUUUUUAAGUCAGAAAGAUCUCUGGGUUAUCUCAUGUGCUAAGGAAAAACUAUUUUGGUUUUUCCAACUUUAGUAGUUAGUAUUUCUAGGGGAGGCAAUCAGGAUAAGAUAUGCCAUUAACUGUUAGCAGUGUGAAAUCUAUAAGACUCAAUCUCUAUGAUCUCAACCAAAGCUUUCUGAGUCCUGGAACUUUGCUUUGGGACAACUUUACUUUACUCAUUUAAAUACUGUACUUAACAGUUUGUAGCUAAUUUACGGGGUCGUGUCUUUUUUUUAGCUAAUUUACGGGAGUCAUAUCAAUCAUGAAUAGCCUUUUUAAAAAAUUUAAUAAUCCCUGAAUACAAAAAUGGAAAUGGAAAAUUUAUAAUCAUAACCCCUCUAAUUGGGAGUAUUAUAAGUUUGUAGGCCAGGCGCGGUGGCUCACGCCUGUAAUCCCAGCACUUUGGGAGGCCGAGGCGGGUGGAUCACGAGGUCAGGAGAUCGAGACCAUCCUGGCUAACACAGUGAAACCCCAUCUCUACUAAAAAUACAAAAAAUUAGCCAGGCAAGGUGGCGGGCGCCUGUAGUCCCAGCUACUCGGGAGGCUGAGGCAGGAGAAUGGCGUGAACCCCCGGGGGGCGGAGCCUGCAGUGAGCCGAGAUUGCACCACUGCACUCCAGCCUGGGCGACAGCGAGACUCUGUCUCAAAAAAAAAAAAAAAAAAAAAAAAUAA